GGAAGAGACACACCACCGUCACACCCAGCACACACUCACUGAUGACUAAUCAGCGAGAUGAGCUGAACUGAGCUAGCCGUGCAGCUGGCCCCCAUGUGACUGUGAGCCUGUGACAAGCCUUCAUCAAUCACACACACACGCCGCUCCCAGCUCCCAUCCCCAUGUGCCCGCUCUGAAUGUCACUGCCACUGCCACUGCCCGCUCCACGCUCCUUUCCCUCUCAGCCUCUCUCUAGAUCACAGGACCAACCCGCCGUUCCGCCGGCACUCUCUGUCCGUCUCUCCUCCGCCCGGAUCGCCACCGCGCAAGAGCAGCAGGCAGCCAUGAUCCUCCGCAGCGCGGCGGCGGCGUCGUUCGCGCUGCUGCUGCUGCUCGUCAUCCCGGCGGCGGCGCAGGACGGCGGGGACGCCUCCCGCUUUGCGGCGCCGGCGUCGUGGGCUUUCCCGAACCCGCGGCUGCGCGCGUCCUACGCCGCGCUGCAGGCGUGGAAGCGCACCGCCAUCUUCUCCGACCCGUCCAACUUCACCGCCAACUGGGCGGGGCCCAACGUCUGCGCCUACAACGGCGUCUACUGCGCGCCCCUCCCCGGCACCGGCCCCCACGACGGCGUCGUCCUCGUGGUCGCCGGGAUCGACCUCAACCACGCCGACAUCGCGGGGUACCUCCCGGCGUCGCUGCCGCUGGGCGUCCCCGACCUGGCGCUGUUCCACAUCAACUCCAACCGCUUCUGCGGCGUCGUCCCGCCCACGUUCGCGCACCUGCGGCUCCUCCACGAGCUCGACCUCAGCAACAACCGCUUCGUGGGCGGGUUCCCCGAGGUGGUGCUGUCGCUGCCGGCGCUCCGGUACCUGGACCUCCGCUUCAACGACUUCGAGGGCCCCAUCCCGCCGGCGCUCUUCGACCGCCCGCUCGACGCCAUCCUCCUCAACUCCAACCGCCUCCGGGACCCGAUCCCGGCCAACCUCGGCAACUCGCCGGCCUCCGUCGUCGUGCUCGCGCACAACGCGCUCGGCGGCUGCAUCCCGCCCAGCAUCGGGCGGAUGGCCGACACGCUCAACGAGAUCGUGCUCAUCGACGACCAGCUCACGGGCUGCGUCCCGCCGCAGAUCGGCCUACUCCGGAAGCUCACCGUCUUCGACGUCAGCGACAACCGCCUGCAGGGGCAGCUCCCGAGCGCCAUCGCCAACAUGGCCGCGGUCCAGGAGCUCGACGUCGCCCGCAACCGCCUCGAGGGCGCCGUGCCGGCCGGCGUCUGCGCGCUCGCCAGCCUCAGGAACUUCACCUACGCCGACAACUUCAUCACCUCGCGCCCGCCCUGCGCCAAGGCCACCGCCGACGGCGCCUGGAACUGCAUCCCCGGCGCGCCUGCGCAGCGCCCGCCGGCGCAGUGCGCGGCCGCCGCGGCGCACCCGUUCGACUGCAGCAAGGCGCAAUGCCAGGCCCCGGCCUACGCCCCGACGCCGGAAGGCGGCCGCGGCGGCCGCGGCAACGGCAGGCAGCCGCCCACGCCGGGGUCGUCGCCUCCCAAAGGUACCUACAUAGGGAACACGCCGCCGCCGUCGAGCGCCACCACUCCCUCGUACCACUCGCCACCCAAGGGAUCCACCACCCCGUCUUACCCCUCGCCGCCGUCGAGCACCACCACCCCGUCCUACCACCACACGCCACCACCUCAAGGCUCACCCACCUCCACGCCGUCGUACCCCUCACCGCCGUCGAGCGCCACCACCCCGUCCUACCACCACACGCCACCUUCCCAGGGGCCACCCACCACCACGCCGUCGUCAAGCCACUCGCCACCUUCCCAUGGGUCACCCACCACGCCACCCUACCCGACGCCACCCUCAAGCUCCAGCACGCCAUCCUACCACUCGCCACCGCACGGCACGCCGACCCCGUCACACCCGUCACCGCCGUCCGGCUCCACAACUCCUCCAGUAACAACAACACAUACGCCGCCCCCUCCGCCGACGUCCGCGGACGAGCCAGACGUGCGGUACGCGCCGCCCCCGAGCUCCCACGGGUCGCCGUCGCCUCCCUCCACGGGGUACAAGCCCCCGUCGUCCUCCGGCCACCCCACUCCCACCACGCCGUCGCCGCCCACGGCGGAGCACCCCGGCUACGCCCUGCCGCCGCACCCGCACGCCCCGGGGACCGGGACCCCCUCGGGACCGACUCAGGGCGGGAGCCCCGGCACCGGCGAGCACCAUCCGGGCGGCGGCGGCAAGCUGCCGUUCCCACCGGUGUACGGCGUGGCGUACGCGUCGCCGCCGCCGCCGGGGAAGCCGUACUAGUAAACCACGCCUUGGCCGCUCGCUCGCGCUGCCUCGCCGUCGCCGUCGCCGGAGUAUAAUACUUUUCCAGCCGCCAGUAUAAUACUUCUCCAUGCAUCCAUAUCCAUCUAGUAUUUUUUUUCUCUUGGUUUCGUUUUUUUUUCUUUCUUUCUUUGUAUCUCAUGAUGAGUAUUUGAUCAAAUUGAAUCAAAGAGUUGCUAUGUAUUGAUUCUUUCAUCCA